AUGGCUCCAUCGACCAAAGAGACUGCGUACAUCUAUCAUCACGUGGUACUUCCCCCAAAGCUACCCCAGGAAGAUGAUUAUGAUCCUGCGCAUGAGAGGGUACUCGUUGAACUUGUCGUUUGUGCUCUUUCCGACUUGAAGGACAACGUGGACCGCCAGCAUUGCUCGACGGUACAGUCUGCCAUUGAGACGAUCGAAAACUUUCAGCAUUGUCGAGACAAUUUUGGCAACAUCAGCGACAUCUCACUAGAAACUCUCUUGGUCAAAUGCGCACGCGGUCACCUUGACGGGAUCGUGCCGCUCGAAGUAAAAAAGCAGAAUGCGGCAAUCCUCGUCAGUCGAUGUGCCGACGAUGUCAUUUUUGAAUACUUUGAGCUGUCCCCCACCAACGCCUCUUCGAUGCAAGCCGGGCGUCUCAUACGUUCCUUUCCUGGGUAUGCUUCACGGGUUCCUAGCCAGGAAAUGACCGAGCCCGAGCUCUGCAAAUCACUCGCAAGUACAAUCGCCACAAUGACGACCCAGGUGGCACCGGAUUUUCGCCCUGAGGUUCGGAAAAACAAGGCGAUGGAAGUUGAGACUCGUGACACUACUCAUCCGGGCCUGAUAUCAGACUUUCUCAUGAGCGUUAUUACCGCACUCGGUCAGUCAACAGACAUCAAGCGCAUCUCUAAGCACACUCGUGAAGAAGUACUGUGGAACCAUUGCUUGCAGCCAUGGCGGAGAUCUCCUCUAUGGCUGCUUCUCCGCGUCACUCUUCAACUCUUCUUCACCCGUAAGGAUAUCCUCACGAAUGGUAGUGGUGACCUAUACAAGUCCUUCAUGGUGUUUAUGCUUGCACGAGUGCUCACUUUGAACUAUUGGAACGAUCUAGGCAGUGAAAUCAUUCACAUAACAUCUGCAAAGUUGCACCGCCGAUUGCGCAAGCUUAGGCUAUCGAAGCAAGCAUCCUGUCUCAAACCAGAAUGGGCGCAGCCGAUCAAGAAAGACAUUGCCAGCGCUCAUGCCGUCAUUAAGAAGCAAUGGCUUAAGGUCACAGCUGAUCCUCAAGCCAAUAUCGAUACGGCUAUAGUCAAGCGCUUACGACCCGAAGAUGACCUUGACAUGAAUCUCCCGGCUUUGGACACGUUCCUUUCUGAAGCUGCUGCUCGAAAGCGUAACGCCUCAUCCACAGAAUUCGAACCGUCCUCAACCUAUCCACGAUACGAUUCUUCCGAAUUUCCUGAUACAUCUUUCGGGACAGGCAAUCAUAAGAUCUUCUGCCUAGCAGCAUUCGAAACCUGGGUCGAGAAAUACUUGAAGACCUGGACACAGCAGCAUGCCCAUGAUCCGGGAACUUGUGGAAAACUUCGUCGAAUAAUGGAAUCCUACCAUACCAACGCCUACGCAGUGUAUUCCGAUGUACCCAUUAGCCUCUCAAUCAUGUAUCUCACGCUUGUGGAGAUAUGGGUUGCGUGCGAUGAAUCUGCAUGCUCAAUUCAUCCUUUGCUACUGGAAUACGAUCCUGAGACUGAUUUGGCCGAGUUACAAUGCCUGGUUCUUCCCUUGAAAACCCAACUGGAGCGUCUGCAUAAUGUUGAGGUCUAUGUCUCCUCUAGACGGGUGUCAGCAAGGAAAUCUCUCCCGUCAGUGUACCGGCAAUUCGGGGACCCCUCCUCGUUUGCUGUAAGGUACUUCGAUGGUGAUGUGCAGCUUCAGUCCACUCUGGCUCAGAUUGAGCGUAAAGCGGCGCAGAAGAGGCAGCAGAAAUGCCAAGAGUUAGCUCGGCUUCAGGAACAGUAUCAGUCUUUGAUGCAUGCAUACAACACUGGAGUUUGCCAGACCGAGACCUAUAUCUACAAUCGCCGAUUUGGGUACACAACUACACGGCAUAGAAGAGAUUGCUCACGAUGCGCCAAAAGUCACAAGGCAGAAGCGCUUAGUAUUCAGAUCUACGAAUGGCCAGUGUCGUCUCAGUCGGCAGUCGCCAAAGCAACUGUUUUCGAACUGCACAUACCGAGAGCUUUUGGAGAUUGGCGAGAUAGUUCUGCCUAUAUGGUUGCCUCUGUACUUGGAUUCAAAGCCGAUGAGGCUUCGAAACCAAGCUACAAGUUCACGCUUGAUAUGCACAGCGAGAUAUCUAGCCUACUCUCAAAGCAGUAUCAUGAACGCCGCAUUAUUCCGCUCUCUACGAUCAAACCACAUUCUGUUACUCACCGCAAGAAUAAACAGGCAGUGCAUCUCCUGAACGAGAGCGACGUCUGCUUGAAAAAUGCCAUGCGAUUGGAAUACUAUGAUAGAUCGUUGAACAUCAUUGCUGGACGUGCGCCUAUUCAUACGGAAGAUGUCGCGAAGAAGUGCAGAUAUAAAUUACCACAGCGAUCGAAGGCCCUGGAGCGCUUUGCGUAUAAGCCACCAUCUUUAUCAGAUGGCCUUGGGCCGAAUGAAGUCAUUGCCAGUUUAUCCGACUGCCCGUUAAACAUAUCCAUCGAAGAGUACAAGGCUUUGACAUCAAUUCCGCUUGGGAGUCGAAUCGUGUAUUCGAACAUCAUCACGCAAUUGGCAAUACCGGCCGUAGAUUUCACAAAACCGGAAACACAAUGCUUCAUUCUCCAGGCUGCUCAACAAGUCGGUAAGCCGAAUGGACAUGUGGAGCGUGUAACUCACGACAUCCUCACGGAAGAGAAGUUCGGCUAUGCUAUGCUCCACCAGCUGAAUGUGGCACUUGAGCGCAUGUCUGAGAACUGGGAGUCGUGGCGCGCCGUUGCGACUCUCUCAUUGCUGGCAAAACGAGUAUAUUGCCUCAACGAUUCUGUAGGUGUUCGUACGCAGGCUUUGGAGAUUCUGGUUCGAAUACGUGAAGUAUGCAUGAAAUGGGUCUCUCGACUAAAGCAACGCGUGGCUGCUUCGACCGACAACAAUCAGCGGAGUGAGCUAUGCUCGCGAGCUACAGAGAUCGCUCUGAUAUGCACCGACACCUAUGAUGUCGCAGACCUCGAUUUUGAUGCGAUUCUCCGACAGGAGUCAGCUGUCUCUACAUUGCUAAAAUGUUCCAUCAUGAUCCAAGAGAAUUCCAGCACGGUACAGUCUGACUAUCAGAGUUUGUACAACUGUUCGCUCCAAGCAUGGAAAUCCAUGAUGUAUCGUAUCUUCCCUAAAUUACAGGCAUACAUCCAGUUCGACAAGACCGGGCUUGAAGAGUCUAUAUCGACUAAUUGGGCGGCUUUCCAGCCAGCUUCAACGGCGCACUGGGUUUCUCUAGCAACGCCACGAGAACAUUGGGUCUAUGUUCAAUCGGGUACUCUGCCAGUACACUUCAAUCUCGUCACUGGGGAACUCCUUGUGAAUGGACUUCCUUUGGCUCGACUACCACAGGUAUACUCAGACCAUAGCAUGUAUGCCCCCUUGUUCGCAAGGUCGACGCUGGAGGUCGUUCCAACGGACGAGCCAGGUCUUGAAUUUGGCGCGAAAGCCCCAUACCAUGGCUUCAGUCUGCACUUCGGAAUGAAGAAUGAAGACAUGUUGGUGGUUGCUAUCAAGAAUUCUUGCCGCUGGGACCUGCUUCCGCAACGAGUAUUCCAACAUCAAUUACCUCACAGUUUCGUCUCUGACUACACGCAUUGGUAUAACCAUAGCAACCAGAUCGUUGAAUUUCGACCUCGAUCUGCGCCUUGGUCUAUCGAGGACGAUAUGUGGCGCCUUCAACAUGACAUCGGUACGAGUACAUGGCGGUUAGUGAAAACAGACGAGGUCUUAGUCCACAGGACUAGCACAUCUGCACGAGGAUUUUCGACUAUUUUCCGAUCUUUGGAAGAUGAAAAUCAUAUUCACAUAAUCCUCAACAUCAUGAGCCGAGUUGUGGAUAUCGAGCUUCCACGACUACAGCUCAGCUUCUUUAUUGGGCAUCGUGAAGCACAAAUUCAGUCACGUCAGUACCGUGGCAUGUUCAUUGAUUCUGAACAGAGUAUUGGAUCUUUAGUCGGCCUGAACAGCAAGCUCGUCUUGAAGCAUCAGUCAGAUCGCACAAUUCUGAUUCCCUGGCCUUCGGAAAUCAAUAGAAACACCGUCCAAUACCAGCGGAUGCCGAACUUGCAGCAUACAAAAGUUUCAAUAAGCAAGACUGCGACAACAAAAGUAUACGCCUAUGCUAUAGACGAAGAUCUCGGGCGCAUCAUUGACACGGGAGACAUGGAAAGCAAACUUUUCCUUUCGUUGUUGCAUGCACUUACCUCGCACUGCCUGCCGGACAAAUUGACGAAAACCACCGGUGUCGAGAGCAGUCUCACCAUUCUCCGCUCGGCUGCCACAAGGUCGUUCAAAUAUCUAACGGAAACCCAAGUUAAAUUACUGGAAUACAUCGGACUCCUUUCUGCAAAAAGAGCAUUUUACCCUUCACACUUGCGAGUAAUGCAAGAGAUCAACUGGAAUGCAGCUCUUCCGUCCUCAACACAGGAUCCAUAUUUACGUACAGCUGUAGGCGCGAUUUUUGAUCAUGCUAUGAGCAUGUCAUUAUUCUAUCCAGAAAGCACCAUCUACAAUUCGAUCAGAAAAUCCCGUGAGGCAAUGUCUUCUGAUGCUCUCCUCGAACAUCGCAACAUCAUUCGCACAGCCGUUUUCAGAGUUUCCGGAUUUGGUGCGGAAGACUUCACUACCAGUCUAGACAAGACCUAUAACGCACGAGAUUCUGGUUUAUCCACUCCCGCAGCUUUGAGAGCUCAUCAGACGAUGACCAUGACGUUGCGUGACCGAGAAGCCCUUCUAAGCGCGAUCCCCAACAUCAAGGGUAGCUUACUUGGGAAUCACUUUCAGAGUGCUACUGUUGCCGGUAUAGACCCGUCUUUCCAGCCCUCGCGUCUUGGAUAUGAUGCCAAGUGGUUGGAGGAUCCCACGCCAUUCCUCGUCAAGAAUUGGUGCAGCCUCCAUCAACAUCUCCCAGGCGCUUCCAGUCGCAGUAAUCGAUUCAACAUUGCAGUCUGGUUAGCGACGAUGAGCUAUGCAAAAUCUGCUGAUGUGGAAGUCAUCCAAACUCUGUUUGCAUUUUACAGAUUACGGGACUUUGCAGGUAAACAACCACCAACUGCGCCAAAGUUUGAACUUCCCCGCGGAAACACUUACGAUAAGAGCGAAAUUCGAACAAUUGCGCAAGUAGCUGCGAAAUCAUUCGACAUAUCUGCAGAAGCCAAUCUUCCCAUACUGGAGCAAGAGACAGAAGAAGAGCAUGACUUGAGAAUGCGUUCAACCUUCGAACAUAAUCGGAGUAUUGCCAUUAAGGGCUUUGCUGCAAAUCUUCAACUCCAGUGGCCAAUCCAAAGGCCUACAACCCCUAAGGACAAGCAUAUAAGUACAUACAUUGAGCUUGGAGAAGCCAUGGAAAAGGUGAAGGAUAAAUUCCGAGUUUGGUAUGAUAAUCGCGAAUUCCACAAUUAUCUUCAGAGCAUGGGAGAUGUGUUGGCACGCCAAACAUGGACGGGAGUCCCAUGUGCAAACUACGUUCUCUCGUCGCCGGAACCAUUACUUCAGUUGAGCGAUAAGAUUCGGACUUUUGGACCAGACGAUAUAUUUGCAACAGCACCAGAGACUGCUACCGUCGAGAACCCUCACUUUCGUGCUGCGCCUGACGAGCCCGAAUUAUUGACAGAAGAAUGCACAAUUUCAAAGCCGAACUCUGGCUUCCAAGCCUCUUUGAAAGAUUUGUGCAAAGAUCUCGAGAGUUACGCCCAGUCGAAAUGUGAGAAAACUUAUGUUGAUGAUUUACGCACGAGCUGUGCAGCUUUGGACCGCCACUUCGAUGACAACAAAGGGCAAAAAACAUUAACCGAGGGAGUGAAAGAUCGGCUAUUGAAGUAUCAACAAGAUUGCCGAACUUAUCUCGAUAAUUUUACGAAUACCCUGUCCAUGUGUGCGAUGGAAGACGAUGAUUACUCAGGCGCACAAUAUUCUGUGAGAAUAUCCCGGUUAUUCUGGCUCAGCCAGCUCCAUCGCAAUCGAUUCGACACGUUAUCCGAUGCUUGGAAAUGUGUGAUUAUUGACUAUGGUCUUGCUGUUACUCAUCUUCGUCGGGCCCAACGAUUGAUGGCUUUGGCUGACAGGCAUGUUGACUUGGCAGAAGAGCUUCGUCACGUUGGACAUACUAAUUGGUACCCGCAAGAACAUCCAGAGACACUUCUCUUGGAAGCCGAGAGUGGUAUAAUGGUUCGCGAAGAACAAGAGUUUAUUGCAAACAAGAUGCGUUCGGAGGGUGGAGAUAACAUCGUCUUGCAGCUUCUAAUGGGAGGUGGCAAGUCCACGACGAUUGUGCCAAUGCUCAGCGCAUAUUUCUCUGACAAGAAGAAGCUUGCCCGGGUUAUUGUUGCGAAACCACAGAGUCAACAAAUGCAACAAAUGCUGAUAUCGAAGCUUGGAGGGCUUCUCAAUCGCCGCAUUUUCCACAUGCCAUUCAGCAGGAAUCUAAAGAUGACGCUGGCCACUGCGACUGCAAUUCACAAGCUCUACACAGAAUGUGUCGCCAGCCAGGGCGUGCUUCUGGUGCUUCCAGAACAGAUCCUUUCCUUCAGGCUCAUGGCCAUCGAAUGCAUGCUCACCGAUGAGCCGGCAAUUGCAAAGUCGUUAUUCUCGACGCAGACUUUCUUCGAAGAAACUUGUCGCGAUAUUGUAGAUGAAUCGGAUGAAAACUUCAGCGUGAAGUUUGAACUAAUAUACACUGAAGGCGCCCAGCAAGCCAUUGAGUUUGCGCCAGAACGAUGGCUUAUCAUCCAAGAGAUCAUGAACCUUCUUCCACGAUACGCUGCAAAAAUUCAUGCAGAGCAACCCGACACUGUUGACAUUCAAGGAGAAGGUGAUGGCAAGUUUCCUCGGAUUAGACUGCUUCACAAGGAUGCAGCUGAUCAGCUGAUCCACUACCUUGCAACUCACAUUGUGGAAUACGGUAUUGCAGGCUUACCAUGUCGGUCACAGUCACCAGAUAUGCAGGCGGCUAUCCUCAAGUACAUCAAAAAGACGGAGCUCGAUACGCUAGAGAUUGAAGCAGUCGAGAAGAGCAAAUUCUGGACUGAGUCCACAAGAUUGCCUUUGCUCCUCGUGCGGGGUCUUCUAGCAUGUGGAGUGCUUUCAUUCGUACUUACUACAAAGCGCUGGAGAAUCAACUAUGGGCGCGAUGCUUCUCGAGAACCAGCCACCAACCUCGCGGUUCCUUACCGGUCAAAAGAUGCGCCGUCUCCGCGCUCGGAAUUUUCUCACAUAGAUGUGGUGAUACUACUUACUCUUUUGUCAUACUCCUACGGAGGACUAAGCGACGAAGAGUUGUUUGAUACUUUGACUCACCUCUUAAGCUCCGACCAAGCCAAUAUUCAUUACGAUGAGUUUGUCAGCACUGCAUCUUCCACCUUACCUUCUGCUUUUCGGCAGUUGUCUGGUCUUAGCAUACGAGACAGACACCAGUGCGUUAUGGAGAUUUUCCCAGCACUGAGGCACUCCAAGAAAGCUAUCGACUACUUUUUGUCGUAUCUCGUAUUCCCGAAACAACUGAAGCAGUUUCCCAGCAAGCUCAGUAACUCCAGCUGGAAUCUUGGCAUGAAAAAGGCGCACCCUUUAUCAGGAUUCUCAGGAACCAACGACACUCUACACUUGUUGCCUUUGGAUGUGAAGCAUCUUGAUCUACCAAGCCAGAGCCAUACGAAUGCCCAGGUCCUGGCGUUCCUGCUGCAGGAAGAAACUUCGGUCAAGCUCCUUCCCCCAAGGUCAAAUAUUGAUAAAAGCGACGGCCAACACCUACUGAACGUUGUUGAGCAACUCAACUUUGAUAUACGAGUAGUUCUUGACUGCGGUGGUUACAUCAUGGAGCAGAGCAACAAGCAAGUCGCAAAGACAUGGUUGAAUAUGAGCAACAGCGACAUCCAGGCUGUUGUUUAUUUUCAAGACGAGGAGCUAUCUGUGCUCGACCGUUCCGGUCGUGUUGAAUCAUUUCAGACCUCACCCUUCGCCAAGAAUUUAGAGGUCUGCAUGGUUUACCUCGACGAAGCUCAUACACGUGGAACCGAUCUCAAGCUACCACGGGAUUACCGAGCCGCUGUUACUCUCGGUAGCCAGCUAACCAAAGACCGUUUGGCGCAAGCUUGUAUGCGGCUCCGAAAGCUGGGGCACGGGCAGUCAGUGACUUUCAUUGUGCCUGAAGAGAUCGCCAUCAAGAUUCGUAAACUCACCCACAAAUCAACGAACGAGGCAAUCCAAGUCAAAGACGUUUUAUGCUGGUGUAUUAGCGAGACGUGGCAAGAUUUGAAGCGCAGUAUGCCAUUAUGGGCAGUGCAGGGGCAUCGCUUCGAACAUCAGAGAGACCUCUUGAACGGUGUUGAUACCACCAAAGAUCAGGCCGAAGCGUUUCUCGAGCCGGAAGCUCAAGAUCUCGAAUCGCGGUACAAACCAAAGGCAAAGGAACAGGAUACUGCCAAUAAUUUCAUUAAUUGGGACUUAUCCAACCCCAACCUCGCUCGAAUCGUAUCGCGAUGUCGAGACUUCGAAGCAAUGGGCUUCAGCGCUGCGGCGCUCAGCGAGGAACAGGAACGCGAGCUGUCUCCUGAGAUUGAGCAAGAAAGGCAGGUCGAGCGACCACAGCGUAUGACCGCGGAAAAACAUAGCCUUCAUCCUGAUCUUCACCGUCUGGCAUCCUCUGGUAAUCUUGUUCUGAGCUCAGAAGCAUAUGAACCUGCCUUCCAAACGCUUCGAUCAACCAGCGCAGCAAGGGUUUUCAAGCUUUCAAGCUUACCAUCCGAUUUAUUAGUCACAAAAGACUUUGCGCGUACAGUAAAAUUGCCUCGGGGGUCUACUCAUGCUCCCAACAUAUCAGACUCAUAUCAGCGGUCCAUACAAUUUGUUCUCUCUGUUCCGAAUGGCACCGAUCCAGGAACAGUUCAGAACUUGAUCAUCAUCUCGCCAUACGAAGCCGAUAAGUUGCUGCCUACAAUCCUUUGCUCGAAGAAGAUUACCUUGCACCUUUUUGCAUCGCGUCCAAAUGCAAGUUUCAGAGCGCUUGAUGAUCUCGUGUUGUACAACGUUGGUCAUGCGUUCACUGCGGGUUCUGUCUCCCGCAGUCUUACAAUGCAACUCAACAUAUUUGCUGGUAGUCUCUACCUACGCUCCAUCUCAGAGUACAAUGAGCUCUGCGACUACCUUGGAUUGCUGCGAACGAAAGCCAGAGCCGACCAGAAUGUAUGGGCAGAUGGCUUCAUUGAUCCGCCAUGUGGCUUAUGGAAACUGGAGAAGUCUCCUGUGUCCUUCCUCAAAGUUCUGCUUAUGAAGAUCCGUCAUGAGGGCGAAGGGGUGGAGAAGACCCACUUGGGCAAGAUUUUGAACGGUAUUAGAUUGGAAGAGUGUGACUUUGAGGAGCACUGA